AUGACCAUGUCAUCUAGUGCACCAUCCCUCGACAAGCUGUGGAGCGAAAUUCCCAAAGCUCCUGGAGAUUCGAUCCUGGCUCUCAGCUCGGGCUAUGCGAAUGACGCGUCCGAAAAGAAGGCGAAUCUGGGCGUCGGUGCCUACCGAGACGAGCAAGGCAAGCCGUGGGUCUUGCCUGCUGUACGAAUGGCCAGAGAAGAGCUUCUCAACGAUCCUAACUGGAAUCAUGAAUACCUCCCGAUUCCGGGCUUUGCACCUUUCGUAAGCUCGGCUGCCAAACUCAUGUUUGGCGAUGACGCCGCAUGUAUUAAGGAGAACCGUGUCGUGUCGAAUCAAACCAUCAGUGGCUCAGGCGCAAAUCAUCUGGGUGCUGAAUUUCUGCACGAUUUCUAUCCGUUCCCGAGCGGUAAGAAGCAGAUCUACGUGUCGGACCCGUCUUGGCCGAACCACUUUGCUAUUUUGGGCGCUGCGAAUCUCGAGACGGUCAAGUACACAUACUACAACCCACAGACACGCUCGCUUGACUUCGACGGUAUGUACAAGGAACUUUCGCAAGCGGAGGAUGGCUCCGUUGUCCUCCUUCAUGCAUGUGCCCACAAUCCGACAGGUGUCGACCCAACCGAAGAGCAAUGGACCAAGCUUGCCGAACUGUUCGCGUCGAAGAAGUUGUUUGCGUUCUUUGAUUCGGCAUACCAGGGCUUUGCUUCUGGCGAUCCAGCCAAAGACGCAUUUGCUGUGCGUCUAUUCGCAUCUCGUGGCGACAUUGCCAUGCUCGUGUGCCAGAGCUUUGCCAAGAACGCUGGUCUGUACGGCGAGCGUGUCGGUGCAUUGCACGUGAUGACUGGCUCAUCCAAGCAGGCUGAGGCCGUACAGAGCCAGCUCAACAUAAUUACCCGGCGCGAGAACAGUACGAUGCCUGCCUUUGGUGCGCGCAUUGUCGCCAAGAUCUUGACAGAGCCCAAAUUGCGUGCUGAAUGGGACAGGAACAUUACCACCAUGUCCCACCGUAUCAUCGGCAUGCGUGAGAAGCUGUACGAUCUGCUCACACAAAAGUUCCAGACCCCUGGGACUUGGGACCACAUCAAGACGCAGACCGGCAUGUUUUCGUACCUCGGCCUUAACGAGAGUCAAUGUGACCGACUCGUCAAGGAGGGUCAUAUUUACCUCAUGCGCACUGGGCGUGUGAGCAUGUCAGGCUUCAACCCAGCCAAUGUGGAAUACAUUGCGAUGUGGAUUGACAAGGUGGUGCGUGAGCGUUCGAAUUUGUAG